AUGGCUUGGACGUUAGAAGAGGCUGUAACACAGCUUGAGAGUGUCGCCAAUGUCCCUCCAAAGCAACGACAUACAAAUGUUGCAGAGCUUACGAAAGUGAUUGCAUCUACUGCGUAUGAAUCAGGCCUGGGGACUAAAAUCUUGGGCCGGAUCCUAAAAGUCAUCGUGUCAUCCAGGCACCUUGAUCAAUCAACUGUGACUUCAAUAGUCAAGAAUCUUUACCCAUCUGAAAGAGUUCCAUCCAAGAUCGUAACCAGAGUCAUUUGCGUGCUGGGAGCCACCAAAAGCAAGCCAUCUCCAGCUACACAAAACCUCCUUUUGAGAUGGCUCCUCCUUGUCUAUGAUAGUCUGGCAGAUCAGGCUCAUUUGUGGAGAUUUUAUAGUAUCCUCUUUGAUAAUUUGGAUAUGAUCAGUUUACGCCGUCCGAUAUGUCAUAUCCUGUCACUUAUCACACGGCGGAAACACGUGAAGCCAUUCCGGAUAUGGGCACUUCUGGAACUGAUACGAAAUACCGGUGGCGAUGAAAGAGAGCUCUGGGGGUUGCUGCGGGUGUAUAAAAGCUAUUAUCCUGACAUCAUUAUCGACGAUACCGCUAUACCUCGUAGGAAAGCUACUUACUUCUUCAAACAUCCGGACCCGGAAUGGACCGCUCAUAUGAAAAUGCUGCAGGAAAAGGCUGCAACCACUACUUCCCAGGCAGCCCCAGAGAGUUUCCAAGCCAUUCGUCGAGACGGCGUCAAAAGAAGCCGCAUUGAGGUUGUAAUACCAGUACCCAAAACUUCUCGAGUCCGGCGGGGUUUCACCUCACUAGAAGAACUCAGCAACGUGCGAGACUUUGUGAACAAGCUGGAUAAAAUUGAGCUGCCCAACCAAAUAGCGUCAGCUUUAACGGAGCCCCUGACCCAAAAAUUCCUGCUCCUUGUUCAGAAUAAGGAAGCCUUGGAAAGGAUGGAAAGCUGGCUUACAAGCUUCUUCGAAGAUGAAUUAGACCAGCUUCAUGAGGAAGGGCAAAAUCCGUCAGAGGAGCUUGGGCUUGCCCUUGAUAUGUUGUCCUUCCCUGAAGCCGUGGAUAAUUUCCUCCAAACUUACCUACCAGUAUGGGAUGGGAUAAGCAAUCGAACAGUGAUACUUGAUCUCCUCGAAUAUGUACCCAUUCAUGAUGCCGGACUUUACGGACAGUAUCUCCUCCCGCUUGAAAGUGCGAUUUUGGAUAAUACUACGGAGUCUAAAAGUUUGCUUCUCCGAUAUUACGCCGCAUUGAUCCGCCGUUAUGGCAGCAUUCUUCGGUCGAAUACCCCCGUUAACCAAGCACUCGACCUGGCGACCAUUAUAAACAGGGCGGAGUUGGUAUCAUUGACUUUACUCGAAUGUCCAGUCACCCCCGACUUCGAAGAGCCCAAGGCUGAGAAGUCUUCUAGCUCAUCCAUCAUUCAAUUCUACGUACAGCUGGCUGAGUUAUACCUCCAUGCGCCCACCAACAGCCUAAUACGGUUGAAUACUCCGCCUCCUGAAAGCGUGUAUAUUCUCUUAUUCACUCCCAUCCUCAGCCACCUCUCGUUGAUGAGCACCGUGAUAGCGAACUAUAAAUAUUCCUUUGAACAGUCCCUAGCAACUACAGCAUCCGCUGAUGGUUCCUCUAGGAGGCCAUAUCCAGACGCUGUGGUAACUAAUCUUAAUGGACAUGUGCUAGAUGUCUGCAACUUACUGUGGCGCAACAGGGGAUUAAAUGGCGAUGAGCCUAAUGCUCUUGGCUGUCUCGUUAGAGAAGAAGUUGCUAAAUUGCUCACCGAGUAUAUCCAGGGGGUGGGCGAGGACCUAGCAAAGAAUGGCAAAAAUGGUGGUAUUUACAGGCUGCGACUUGCAUCUAUAUUUUCCCUGAGCCAUCACACUGCGCUAUGUGGUAUGUCAGCGAUGUGUUUCAGGAAUUUGGAGUCUAAUGCAGGAAAGGACGGGCAACAUGUGUCGGCACGGUUAACAUGGCCGGUAACGCAAAAAGCGCUGAAUGCUUUGAACAAAACAGGUGGGAUUAAGGUCGAUUGGCAAGAGUAUAGGCUGAAAAUGCUAGAGUGGUUGGACGAGCAUGGGUCUGGGGGAAUCGGGCGGCUGAUGAGAAAUUCGAUGAUGACUCUGCGGCAAGGGUAG